AUGACAGACUAUGGAAGUUCACCCUAUACAAAACAAUUCACUGCCUUGAAAAUGACCUCGGGAGUCAACCCCGAGGAAAGAUCCGGAGCCGGAGUCCCUGAGGCCUUAUCGGUGUCUGCCGUCCCUUUGGAUCCAUCAGCUGCCAGGGGAGGGCAUAAGAGUGAUCCUGUGUUGAAAUUGCCUGAUGCAAAGCUUCAGUUUGUAGUAAGAACAGACGCUUCACACUAUGGACAGGGAGCUGUGUUAUUACAAUAUCAUGAUAAUUACUCUUUUCCAGUUGCAUAUGCCAGUAGAAAACUAUUAGAUCGAGAAAAGAGGUAUUCUGCCAUCGAACAUGAAUGUUUAGCUAUUAUGUUCGGCAUUCAACGAAUUGUUCAUAUAGCUGGUCAGGACAACGUUGGUGCUGACAUGUUAAGUAGAUGUCCAGGGUCCGCCAGCUUCGUCAGCAGCCGCGGCAUGGGGUCGCUGACGUCCCCCCCUUCGUCGACCUCCACGCCCCUGUCCUACCACCCGCACGCCCAUUCCCUCCCCUCGGCGUCGUCCACGCCCACGGGGGUCCCGAGGAUCUACGGCAACUCCCUCACGCCCGAAGCGCCCAGGAGGAGGUACUCCCACACCGCGGGCUCCUCCCCCCACUCGCCCUCGUCCUCGUCCUCCUACAGCUCCUCCUUCUACGCGAGAAGGUCGGCGCCCGCGGAGAGGAAGACACAUUCGUUUGCGGGCGUGGGGUCGUCGGCGUGGUACCCCGGCCUCGGAUACCACCACAACCACCACUUGGCUAACCACCACAACCACCACACUAACAACACCCACCGCAGGCCGAACUUCCUCCCCGUCUCGGCCGCCGCGGGCCCGCUCAGCCUGCGCGCCACGGCCUCGCAGCCCGACACGCCCUCGCGGUCGCCCGACCCGGAGGCCGACGACGUGGACUCCGUCAAGAGCUUCGGGUCGGUGUCCUCGGCCCUCAGCUGCGACGCCGCCUUCGCCUUCGGCCGCGGGUCCUCGUCGGCGUCGUCCCAGUCCCACUUCGGCCACUACCAGAGCCCCUACGCCUAUCGCCACACCGCCCCCCACGCCCACCACGCCCACCACAGCGCCUCCUCCGGGUCGUCCACCUCCACGUGCGGCGGCGGCGGGAGGGGCGGCGGCGGGGGGAGGAACGUCAAGUACGCCCUCCACUGCCCCCACAACCACGACAACGACCCCGAGAACUACCUGACGCCCACGCAGCGCGCCGCCAGGAGGAUCCGGGAACUUAAGAGCCAGCUGGCGGAGGCGCGGCGGGAGGUGCACGUGCGCGACGCCGAGAUCUCCCGGCUGACGCGCGAGCUGGUGGAGCUGCGGCUGGUGAAGGCCAGGGCGCCGCAGCGGGAGGAGGACGAGCCGCAGGCUAGCGUAUCCGCUGCCGGCCAGAAUGCCCUCGUCCCGGAGGCGACCCCCGCCCGCGACAGUAACGCCCUCAAGCGCCUGACGGUCGAGGGCGACGCUGCGUCAUCGUCAUCGUCAGCACACACGCCCAAGACCUCCGCCACGCCCUCGGAGGGAAGCGAGCCCGAACUGAGUCGCCUCAUGGACAACUUGACCAUUGGAGGACCAGGAGAUUCGGGCAGCGCCCAUGCCGCCGCUGAGUCGCCCGCGGCUGGCUCUGUCGCCGAAACCACCGCCGAUUCCGUCGACCUCACGCGCUCGCUGGCGGAUUCCGGCCACUACGAGGACCUCACGUCACCCUGCCUCUCGUCCAAGGACCCAUUCGAGCAGCCGAGGCAGCGCUUACUCAGAAGCAGACGUCUGGGUGGAGACGGCGAUGAUGAUGAGGAUGAGGACGACGACAACGACGUGGAGGAGGUGGCGGUGGAGGUGGACCCGUGGACGGCCCUGGAGGAGGCUGAGGCGCGGCUGCGGGAUUACGAGCGGCGGGAGGACCAGCUCAAGAGGAACCACAUGGAUGAAUACCACGAGCUCAAGGAGAAGCACAACGACCGCGUCGAGUCACUGCUCUCCAAGCUCAGUGAUGCUAAUCUCAAGUACUUCGAACUCCGGCCCAUGUAUGAUAGAAGCCAAGAGAAGAUCCGCGAGCUGGAGCGCGAGGCGACCAAGCUGAAGGACGAGCUGACUGAGGCUGAGCUGCGCCACCAGAAGAUGUACCUCCAGAUGUUCCUCAAGGGGCAGCAGGCGGCCAAGCUACAAGCAGACGAUGACCAGGAUGGAGAGGAUGAAAGUCAAUCGUCGAUAUCGUCUGGGGGCCCCAUGGUCGACCUGAUGAAGCAGUUGGCACGGACGGAGGAGGAGCUCGAGAAGAUAAAGGUUGGCUUAUUUUUAUUCCAUGAUAUCACCCGCAUCACAUCAGGUGUUCACAUUACACCAGUUAUUUUCCCAGAACAGGUGUGCUCGCAUUUGUGGCUGGCUGAGCUUGUACACGUGGAUUGUUUUUCAUUUGAUAGGACGCUCGUAGGACUUGGUGGGCGACUAAACUGCGUUCCCUGCCCCUCGAUGAUUCGAUUGGACCUUGCAACGGCAGCAAAGAGGAUCACGGCCGCUCUUGCAAGUUGCAAAGUGGUGAAAGUGCAGGAAGAUGUGAAAAUGGAACCAGUGGAGUAUCGAACAGCGAUCAGAUUUUCAUACUUGAAUGGCGGCACACGACAAGAGGCAAUAGAUGAAAUGAAAGUAACUUAUGGGGAGGCUUUUCCAUCAUAUGGCGCUGUUAAGCAUAGGCAUCGCCACUCCCUUUGUGGUUGGAGGUCUGUGGAAACGGCUCCAUUCCAGACCCAGACUGCCAUUAAUGAAAAGAUGACUGACAUUUUGGAAGAUCACCGUAUGACUGUUCGUCAGCUAGCCCAAGAUGUUAAGAAAGGCACGUGUCACGCUCUCGGCAGGCAACGUCCUGCUCACAGUCUUUUGGGACAAGCAUGGAAUAGUGAUGAUGGAUUUCCUGGCAACAACAGUACAUCAAAUACAUCACUCUUCAAUCACAACGAUCGCUGGCAUGACACACUUUGUGAAGCGAAGAUUGGUGUGGAUAAAUAUAAGUUCCAGAGUAGUCAGAACACAGUUGUCGUUGUCGAUUCCCCAGAGAAAGUCUACGAGCUGCACGGCAAAGUAGGAGACAAAAGCGAGGACAAAGAAAUACCAGUUAACUACAAGAAGCAAAAUGAAGGAAAACGAUGA